AUGGACGCAUACCUUUUGUGGGAUCGCCCUCCCAACUCUGUGACCCCCUUCGGCCCGGAAUAUUUGCUAGAUGCCUCCAAAUCUAGACAAAGCAUCGAUCCAAAUCAUUUUGAUGACCCAGACGCAACGCCCACGCCGUCACCCACCUGGAUUGACUCUCAAGAAGCCAGUCCAAAUCAAGGCUGGGUUAAUUCUGACUACGCUAUUUUUCGGCCCACUCCCCUCGUGAGCCCAUGGAAUCAACCAUUGGUGGACGAACUAGAGUGUGUCAGGAUGCAUCGCCGUCUCACUCGAGAUGCUCACAGUGAAAUGGCUUAUCUGCGCGCAGCAAGUGCCGUUAAGGCUGCUCCGUAUCCACUCAAGGCACUCGAUGAGAUGCAACUCAAGGCUAUCAAGGGCAUCGGGCCUAAAAUGAUUACAGUCAUUCAGCAAUUUUACGAGCACGGCUACAUUCCUGAGGCUGAAAUCAUUCGAAACGACCGAGCUGUGCAAACGAUGUUCCACUUUAUGAAACUUCAUGGAGUCGGGCCUCACAUGUCUGAGAGACUGUACAAAGAAGGUUGCCGCACGCUAGAAGAUGUCAUUUUGACUGGCAAGAUGGAGUUUGCGAAUCGACUAGGUCCAUCCAUUAGUCUUUCCAUGCUGCCUGAUCUUCUUCGACCAAUUCCUCGUGCCCAGGUAGAAUGUAUUCGCAACGACAUCUUACGCGUUUUGGACGGCCUUGUCUCGAAUGCUCAGGCAGUCAUUGUUGGCGGAUAUCGUCGGGGAAAGGAGCUGUCAGGUGACGUGGAUCUAGUUGUGUCAAGCUCCUCGGAAGAAUCAGCAACGACGCUUCUUCAUGCUCUUGUGCAUUCUUUACGCGACGCGGGCAAAGUGUCUCAUACUCUGGCUCUCUCGCGGCACACGGAGGAUCAUCGACUCGUGGACGUGGCCGAGAUUGUCUAUGCAGAUACAUCCUCAGGCAAGCAAAUGCAUCGACGCGUUGAUAUCGUGUAUGCAGUGCGUGCUUAUUUAGGUGCCGCUAUUCUUGCAUGGACUGGCAGCUCGCUCUAUGAGCGUGAUCUCCGGCGCUGGGCUCAGACGCGCGGAUAUUCUGUACGUGCAGGGUGCUUGCAUAAAAGGGAAUGUGGACUGACCAUGAAAACAAGUUUUCACAAGCUGGACUGUUUCAUCUUCAGUCACAGGAACUGGUGA